UACCGUGCAGUGAGUAAUGUCCUUCCUCUUGUGGCAAAGGCUUUUCAGCCCCCUCCUGGUAUGAACCUCAGGUGCCCCCCUGCAAUAGUUGCUGCGCGUGCUGCUCUAGCAAAGACUGCCUUCGCAAAGAACUUACGGCCACAACCUCUACCUGCAAAAGUCUUAGUGAUUGGUGUUAUGGGCAUGGCUGCAAAUAUUCCUUUAGGCAUAUGGAGAGAACACACAGAAAAAUUUUCGCCAUCAUGGUUUGCAGCUGUACAUGCAGCUGUACCAUUCAUUGGAAUGCUCAGGAAGUCUGUGUUGAUGCCUAAAGCGGCCAUGGCAUUUACCAUAGCAGCAUCUAUCUUGGGACAAGUCAUAGGCUCUAGGGCUGAACGAUAUAGGCUGAAAGCCGUUGCAAGUAAAAAAUUGAUACUUACUGAAAACUCAACUCCUGCGAACGGUCAACUCGUGGUUAGUGGAGUUAGAGGUGGACACUGCGGUGAGAUUGUUGAUUGGAGCAAAGGUCCUCUGCAGAUUGCUGGCCCCGCUUCAACAACCAGUGUAUUUAGCUGAUGCUUGGAAUCGUUGAUGUUGUAAUGAUAUGUUUCAUGAGGUCGCAUUUGAUCUAUCUUUUCUUUAUGUUUCUUUUUAUCAGCAUACAACAUUCAGCAAUUGAAAAAUAAAGGAGGGGUUGAGCAUUGUUUCUCGUUUAUUGACACAGUUGAUAUAUUUAUAAAAUUUGAGUGUGUUUUCUGUAGCA